CCUGGCCCCACCGCGAGGUCUGUACUGCUCUACGGGACACGUUCCAGCGGGCGGGCGGCUUCCUCCGAGAGUCCCCAGCGGCGCUGCGGGCUUCAGCAGCGGCAGUGGGCGCGGCGCCCGGAGUCUGCGGGCCGAACGCACCGGUAGGGGUCGAGCGCGCGUUCCUUCCCCGCCCCCACGGCACGCUGUGGCGUAGCAGGAAUUUGGCGGGGACCCGGGCGCUAUUUGCGGCUUUUCACGCACUAGCUGCCGGCGGCCCUUGGGUCAUUUCUAUUCUAGGGGCACUGGGUCAUCGCGCUCGACUGGCCCCCUCCCGCGGACCCGGAGGGUGUGUCUCCCUCGCCGGGGCUCGCCGGGCCUAUAAGGGACCGAGCGGCGGGCAGGGACAUGCAGCUCUACAGCAGCGUCUGCACCCACUACCCAGCCGGGGGACCGGGUCCUACGGCCGCUGGUCCGGCUCCUCCGCCUUCCGCCGCCCCUUUCAAGGUUUCUGUGCAGCCUCCGGCAGCGGCUAGCGGCGCGCCGGAGCCCGAGACGGGUGAGUGCCAGCCCACCGCGGCCGCCGAGCCCCGAGAAGCCCCCGCCGCCUCCGCCACCAAGAUGCCCGCCUUCUCCUCCUGCUUCGAGAUGGUGCCCGGGGCUGCCGCGCCCUCCUCCGCAGCUGCACCCGGCUCGUCCAGUGGGUCCUGCAAACCACCGCUGCCGCCCCACUACACGUCCACGGCUCAGAUCACCGUGCGGGCCCUGGGCACCGACCGGCUCUUGCUGCACGGGCCUGAGCCCGGCUCCGCGGCUCCCGCCGCCCAGCGCAGCCGCUGCCUCCUGCUGGCCCCCGCGCCAGGUGCCCCGGUCCCACCGCGGCGGGGCUCCUCGGCCUGGCUCCUGGAGGAGCUGCUGAGGCCCGACUGCCCUGAGCCCGCGGCCCUGGACGCCUCCCGGGAGGGCCCCGACCGAAACUUCCGUCUGAGCGAACACCGCCAGGCCCUGGCCGCCACCAAGCACCGGGGUACCGCGCCGCCUCCGGGGAGCCCGGAACCCAGCCCCGGCCCUUGGGGCGAGGAGCACCCGGCAGAGAAGAGCCUCCGGGGUUGGGAGAGGGCUGGCAACCGCAGCGACUCCCCGAGCGCGGACGAAGCGCGGCGGCCUGGCCCGGAGGCUGAGGCACCCACGGUCCGAAGCAGCGAGGCCUCCCAGAGCGGCGCCGCCGAGGCAGCUAUCGUCUCCAGGUCGGAUGCCAGAGACGAGAAACUGGCCCUGUACCUGGCGGAGGUGGAGAGGCAGGAUAAGUACCUUCGACAAAAAAAUAAGUACCGAUUUCACAUCAUUCCGGAUGGCAACUGCCUAUACCGUGCGGUCAGCAAGGCGGUGUACGGCGACCAGAGCCUGCACCAGGAGCUGAGGGAACAGACGGUACACUACAUCGCCGAUCAUCUCGACCACUUUAGCCCCCUGAUUGAGGGCGACGUUGGGGAGUUUAUCAUCGCUGCAGCUCAGGAUGGGGCGUGGGCCGGGUACCCGGAGUUGCUGGCCAUGGGGCAAAUGCUGAAUGUGAAUAUACACUUAACAACUGGAGGGAGGUUGGAGAGUCCCACAGUGUCGACGAUGAUUCACUACUUGGGUCCAGAGGAUUCUCUAAGGCCUAGUAUUUGGCUCAGUUGGCUCAGUAAUGGACAUUAUGAUGCGGUAUUUGAUCACUCCUAUCCUAACCCUGAAUAUGACAAUUGGUGCAAACAGACUCAAGUGCAAAGAAAACGCGAUGAAGAACUUGCCAAAUCCAUGGCCAUAUCCCUCUCCAAAAUGUAUAUUGAACAAAAUGCAUGCUCUUGAAGUGUCUGAAAACCUACACCUUGGGAAAAGUGCAUACAUCAUUUGUGUUUAGGGAAUUAUAUGAACUCUAAUCAGGGUAAUAGCACUUUUAAACUUUUUAAAUUACUGUAGGUGUAAUGCCUUAACCUUUUUUAUUUUCAAUGUUUUCUCAGAGCUGAAGGUUGCUGGGCACCUCAAUGAUGUUUCAUGAUAGCCUUGGAUGAUCCUACUGCAGUUUAUGAUUUGCUGUAUAAAGUUAGCACUACUUAAUUUGCAAGCUAAUUUCUCACAGUGUAUAUUUGUUCAUUCCUGUUAAUCUAUUUUCUAUAAAAAUGUAUUUUUGCACAUUUUAAAAUCGGCGUAACUUCAUCCACAAUGUGUUCCAUUUUGACAGCUUUUCAGCAUAAACCCAGAGAAGUGCUUUAUGUGAAGCUUAUUUUGAACAGCUUGUGAUUUAGUGGUUAUUUUAUGUUGAAUUUGAAUUUUACAAUUCUUAGGUAUUAUUUCAAAUGGAGAUUGAUAUAUUCAUGUUAUCAGAUGAUUGGCCCAUUCCAUUUUGAUGAAAGAUUUGCUUUACAAAUCAUUAUUUUUCUAGACAUGGUCAUCCUUUGAAAGAGUAAUAAUGUAAGGGAAGAUUGUGGGGAGAUUUUUUUUCCUUUAAGGGGCAGUGCCAGCUCUUACUUGAAUGAAAGUCUGAUAUUUGCUGAUGGAAGAGUGAUUUUUCUGUAUUCUGAUUGAUGUUUAGAGUAGAUUGGUGCUCUCAAUUGUUUUUAUUUAUAUUUGUCAUUUUGUUAUAAAAGAAUUUUAACAUGAUUGUAAAACUUUGUGAUAAGCCUCCUGCUUUCUGUAACUUGGAUUCAACUGAGAUUUGAAAACCAAUAGAAUGGAUGCCUCCAACCAACAUUUGCAAUUUUCAUAGCAGGAAAAUGUCCUAAUAUUCUGUUCUUUAAAAAUUUUUUUAAAAAGCAAGAUAGGAUUGCCCUGUGUUGUGUACAAACAAAAAUGUCCAAAUGGCUUGUAUGGUUUGCUGGGUCAAACGGUGUUCCCAACCUAAAUUCUUAUCUUAUUUCCACUUAACAACUUUGAGUCAUAUUUAUUAAGUAACGAAGUUUGUACAUUUUUAUUUUGUAACAUUUUGUGGGUUUUUUUGUACAAUACUGUAUUUGUACCAUAGAGCAAUUCUCAGUGAUGGAGUGACUGAAUAAAAGGCAUAGUUUUACUUA